AUGCUUCACCGUUCCAGCGACUCACCCAACCGAAUCCCUGUGCUUUUUUUUUCACAAACGACCAUGCCUUUGCUCAAGAAAAAAAGAAGGUCGAGCGCACCGCUAGACCAGGCGGUCAUUGACGAAAAACCACCCAUUCUUCAUUCACCGGCGCCGUCGUCAGUCACCUUCGCAGCCGACACCCAUCCGACAACGCCGAAGAAAGGCAGCAGGACCUCGAGCACAGGCUCACCGCUGAGAUCGCGGCUGACAUCGCUGUCAUCCUCGCCAUCGACUAUCUUAAAGAAAGUGAAGCGGGGAAUCCAAAAAGUGGACGACGCACUGCACAACGUGGCAAGAUCCUCUAAGUCCUCGUCAUCGACUUCGAAAUCGUCGUCGUCUUCGGUGUUACCAACAGGCGGGGGUAGAACUCGGGCGCAUUCCGUUGCGACGCCUUUUGCCGGCAAUCGCCGGCGCUGGUCCUCCAAAUCUAGAAGGGUCUCUGACGGCGUCCUUUCGACUUUCCCAUCUCUCACAUUCCCCUCUGUCGCUGUCGUCCACUUGCCCUCAACUUCCUCUUCACCGCGCUCGUCGACAACAAGCAGAAAACGCACGUCGUCGACGCCAAAGGACGAAGAUCACUAUUACGACAAGCGAUAUCUGGCCAUCGAGCAGCGCUCUCGCCAUCGCACUACGUCCUGUCCCAGCGUAGUACUUCGCCAACCGACAAGGAAACUGUCGAGCCUUCGCACCAUGAGCUCGUCUCUUGGAUCCGAAGAGCAAGAUGCUCAGGGGCCGGUCCCCCCUGCAGUCUACGUGGAACCAGAAGUUCCAGAUCCUUUCCUCAUCGACGAUGAGGGCGAUGCCUUGUCCGAUGAGGGGCGGGAACAGACGGUUUCACCAGCUGCUGCAUCUUCAGUGCCUCUGUCGAUAUCGCCUUCCCCGUCACCGGCGCCCUUAUCGUCCAAGCCCCUUCCCUCUCCUUUCCUUUCACCUAACGUAAACAAGGACGUUCCGCCGCCUCCGGUGUCCGACCUUGACGAUGAUUCCGAUGAUGAAGCCCCGGAGCUCAGUCUCCCCGGUCUGGUUGUCCCCACCGUUUUCCUACCGAUACCAAACACCGACCCUCUAACUACACUACUCAACAAAUAUAUUUAUCCUCCUGAAAAACGUCCAUCGAGAGAUAUCACGGGCGAUUGGCAUCACAGCGAUUUCCAUACACUGGUCAUGACGAACAGUUGGAGGGCUCUGGCUCGAAUGGCUCGAGACAGAAUCAUCGAGGCCGACCCAGGUGAUGUUAACCUCAUACUCGGUCUUUGGCACCUUCGGCUCUCCUGCUUAGCCCGACUUCGCUUCUUCAACCAAACUGCUGCAGAAUGCACCAAUCUCUUUGCUCAGCUCAAUGCCGUCGAACCCCUUGAAGCGCGCGAGUACCUGUUUGAAAAUGUCCUUCCGUUCGAAUUGGAGGUCAUGCACACCAGGCUCAAGUACUGGUCUGGGGAUCAUAUGGGCUAUCUUGACGCUCUGUCUGCGUUGUUGAACAAGUGCAAGAUGAAGUCGAGACUUGCGCUGGGCGAUGAGACCACCUCGUCGAUGUGGAAAGAGCGAGGAGCAAGGAUUGUUCUCAUCAUGGCCUCCCAACUGGUCGAGAUGAAGGAAUACGCAGCUUCAGCCCGCCUUCUCGAACCUCUAUGCAAUCAGAAAGACGUUUCCAACCCCCCGCUCAGAUCUGCCGUUGCAAGAAUUUACCUGCAAUCCGGAAACCUCGAAAUGGCUGCUAAACAUUUUGAGAUUGUGGCUCAAGAUCCAAGCGCUGACGAGCGCCAAAAGAAGAUGGAUGCGGCGCUUUUGGCGUCGGCUAGAGGAGAAUGGGAGAGUGCGACCGAGAUGCUGCGCGAGAUCAUUGACAAGGAUAAUGAAGAUUACGCGGCAGUGAACAAUCUAUCUGUUGCACUUCUUAGUCAGGGAAAUCUCAAGGAGGCCAUCGAAAUUUUGGAAUCGGCAUUGAAAGCAUCCCCCUCGAGCGUCGUCGUGGCUGAACCCUUCCUGUUUAAUCUCUCCACGCUCUACGAGCUCAAGUCCAUGGUGGGCUUUGAAAAGAAACGACAGCUAUUGGUUGAAGUCGCGAAAUGGAGUGGGGAUGGUCUGAAGGCGACCUGCUUGAAGUUGCCCGCGAACUGA